UAACAUACACGCACCGCUGUGGGAACUGGUGGCGACAGCCAUCUGUCUACUUGUUUCUUUUUUUCUUUUUCUGCCAUAAAUCAACUCACCAGAUCACUUCCGCAUUGCACAGAUCCGGCAACCGUUUUCUCCGACCACCGUUCCGGUGAGGUUUUAACAGAGAGUUUAAGGAAAGAUUUUGGGGGUGAGAAUCGAUUUUUGGCGGAAUGAAUUAUAUUUUAGGAGCUUUCAAGCCUUCUUGUAAUAUUUCAGUUACACUUAAUGAUGUGAAAACUCGCAAACAGGUUCCUUUGAAGAAGGAAAAUGGUCAGAUAUCAAUGGUGCCUCUUUUCCAAAGUCAAGAAAGCAUUGCUGGAGUGAUAUCUGUAGACCCAGUGCAAGGGAAGAAGGUUGAACAUAAUGGCAUUAAAAUAGAACUCCUUGGUCAAAUUGAAAUUUAUUUUGACAGAGGCAACUUCUAUGACUUUACCUCUCUUGUUCGUGAACUGGAUGUUCCUGGUGAAAUAUAUGAAAGGAAAACAUUUCCUUUUGAAUUUUCUUCAGUUGAAAUGCCUUAUGAGACAUACAACGGUGUCAAUGUGCGACUUAGGUAUGUUCUAAAGGUAACUAUCAGUCGGGGCUAUAGCAACAUAACAGAAUACCAAGAUUUUGUGGUUCGCAAUUAUAGCCCUCCUCCAUCAAUCAACAACAGCAUUAAGAUGGAAGUUGGAAUAGAAGACUGUCUUCAUAUUGAGUUUGAGUAUAACAAGAGCAAGUAUCAUUUAAAAGACGUAAUCAUCGGGAAGAUAUAUUUUCUACUUGUUAGAAUAAAGUUAAAAAACAUGGAUCUUGAGAUAAGGCGAAGGGAAUCAACUGGUUCAGGGGCAAACACUCAUGUAGAGACAGAAACCCUAGCAAAGUUUGAGUUGAUGGAUGGUGCUCCUGUUAGAGGUGAAUCGAUACCAAUCAGGCUGUUUUUAAGCCCAUAUGAACUGACACCAACGCAUAAGAAUAUUAACAACAAAUUUAGUGUGAAGUAUUAUUUGAAUCUGGUGCUUGUUGAUGAAGAAGAUCGCAGGUAUUUCAAGCAGCAGGAAAUUACAAUAUACAGGACUGCAGAGACUGCUUCCUGAUAUUAUUAAUCUGGCUUUGGGAUUGUUUUGUAUAUUGUGAUGAUGUUUGUUGAUGUUGGAGGAGGUUUUUUUUUUUUUUUUUUUUUUUUUUUUUUUUUGUAUUAUGGAGUGAAAAAUAGCAAAUAAACAUUGUAAGUGGAUAUGGUUCUAAGUUUUAACUUUUAAUGUUGGGAAAGAUAGAUGAAUCCAUUAAAGGUCAGGGGUGGUGUGUGUUUUACUUUUAUUUGUUGGGAUUGUUUUUGCAGUGUUUAAUAUAAUAAUGGAGUUGAUAUAA